AUGGUACGUUCCUCAAAGCUAUCAGCAAAGGAAAAGUAUGAGAGACAGAAAGCAUUGACAAAGGAACGUCAGCGAAGGUAUAGAGAACGAAUGAGUGAAGAAAAGAAAGAAGAAAAGAGGAAGUAUGACAGAGAUCGUCUUGCUCGAUUGAAAGCAGAAAAUAAAAUAAAGAAAAUAUCAGACAUGACUCCUAGAGAACAAAGAAAAAUGCGAAAGUAUUGGAAAGAAAGAAAUCUUGUUAGAAGCCUGAAAAAUAAAUCACUGAAAGAAGUUACAGAUACUCCCCCAGCUUCUCCUUUACAGGACGUGAGAGAGGAAUCUGAACAAAAAAGAAGAGGGCGCAAAAAAAUACGAAGAGACAAAGCAAAGGCCUAUAGAACUAUAGCCAAGCAACAAGAGAAGAUUAAAGAAUUAGAAAAAAAGUUAGGAAAGUAUAAAAAGCGGUUGCACAGAGAGAAAAAGAAAAAUUUAAUUGACUCAUCCCCAUCUCCAAGAAAAGAAGUAAUACGACUGGACUAUAUGGGAUGUGUGAGGGACCUUAUCUUGCCCGAACAAUUUGCCACUAACAUUGUGUCCUGUGAUCAACCAACAGCGAGAAGGUCACUCAGAUGCGGACUCUCCCACCCUGAGUUCUUAGAAAAACUGAAGGAAGCAAUCAAUAACUGCCAAAACAACACUCCAAGACCACACGUAGAGUAUCCAGAGCCUCAACCAGAAGACCCAGAACAAUUUUUUCCAAAU